AUGUCCGCGACGUCGUCCGUGGAGAGCGCGGACGUGGAGAGCGCGGCGAAGCGACGAUCGAUGCGUGGACACUCCUCGGACGCGUCGUGCGGGGAGAACGUGGACGUGGACGCGUCGACGGGGGCGAACGAGGACGAUGACGCCGAGUAUCCACAUCUCGCGCGCGGCGCGCUGGGGCGGGCUGGGGACGAUCGGGACGAGGGGCUGGUGCGGUGCACGACCCCGCUCCCGGUGCGAUUGACGAUGGAACUGAAUGUUGAGCGUGAACAGAACGCGUCGUACUCGGGGGUGAAGUUUAUCGCUCGAGCGACGGUGCGAGGGUGGAAAGAUGAACGCGACGACGCGCUCGAGGUGAGCCCGGUUCGCGGAGGCAUCACCAACGCCUUAUUCAAGGUGAGACGCGUGUCCGACGAUGAGACGACGGUCGAGGGACAGACCGUCGCUCGAAUGGUCGUCGUGCGCGUGUUUGGGAAGGGGACCGAGCGGUUCAUCACCCAUCGCAAGGUUCAAGGAGAGACGACGCACGUUUUGAACGAGCACGGCUUUGGGGCGAGAGUUUUGGGCGUCUUCGCGAACGGACUGGUGGAAGAGUUUAUCGAGGCGGAUAGCAUCGCGCCGGAAGAGCUUGCUAGUGGCGGUGCGCUGCUCCGACGGGUCGCUCUGCAGAUGAGACGUCUGCACAAAGAAGUGCAUCCAGACCUGGCGCCUCGCGUCGUUCGAGCGGGCGGCAUGGAGCACUCGCGCGCGCACGCCAUCUGGGACACCUUGCAGCUUUGGUUUGAUCUGGCAUACGGCGUGACGAAAGAUCAUACAGUGUUCAAGGGCGAUAGCGCCAAGCGAGCCGUGCUUGAAGGUUUAAAGAUUGACGACGAAGCGCGUCACCUCCUCUUCGAGGUGGUUCGCGAGAGGUGCGACAAAGUGAACAGCCACACAGUUUACUGCCACAACGACAUUCACGCCGGAAACUUCCUCAUCAACCGUCAGACGGACGACUUGACCCUGAUCGAUUACGAGUACGCUGACUACGGUCCUCGAGCGUUCGAUAUGGCAAACUUAUUUUGCGAGUUCGCCGGUUUCGAGUGCAACUACGAUCAGUACCCCGAGCACACGCUCCGUCGGGAGUUUUACUCAUCUUAUUUGGGAGUUCCCUCGUCGUCGGCGGACGUCGAUUCGCUCGAGGAGGAGGUUGCGGCUUGGACUCCGGUGACGCACGCCUUCUGGGCCCUGUGGGCGGUGAUUCAAGCCAAAUAUAGCUCGAUUGAUUUCGACUUUUUGGGAUUCGCCGACAUGCGGAUGAAGGCUUUUCGCAGCUCCGCCGCGGACGCGUCGCGUUGGGUGCCUACGAACGCCGCCGUAGGACGCGGCGCGGGUGAGUACCCGCAGGGUUGGAAUGUCACCGCGGAGGGCACCUUGUAA